AUGCGUUUCUCAACUCUCAUCCCCGUCCUCUCCCUCGCGGCCCUAUCCUCCGCCGCCCCAGUAGAAGAAGUCAAGCGCGCAGCCUCCUCUUCCUGCCCCUCAUACACCAUCAUCAACACGCGCGGUACCGGCGAACCUCAAGGUGAAUCCUCUGGAUUUCGCACCAUCAACAGCCGUGUCCGCGCCGCUCUCACCGGAGGCAAGGUCUACAGCACCGUCUACGCCGCCGGAUUCAGUCAAAACUCAGCCGCCGGUACAACCGACAUUGUCAACAAAAUCACAACUACGCUGAGGACCUCACCAAACGAGUGCUUCAUCCUAGAGGGCUACUCCCAGGGCGCCCAGGCUACCGUCAACGCCAUGAGCCAGCUCACCGGCGCAAAAUUCGAUGCUGUAAAGGGUGUGUUUUUGAUCGGUAACCCGGCUCACAAGUCAGGUUUGACGUGCAACGUCGACAACAACGGUGGUACCACUACGAGGAAUGUCAAUGGCCUUUCUGCUGGCUUGGGAGGCGGCAUUCCGAGUAACUGGGUUGCCAAGACUCUUGAUGUCUGUAUCUUUGGCGAUGGUGUAUGCGAUACUACGCACGGCCAGGGUAUCAACGCUCAGCAUCUCCAGUACCCCAGGGAUACUCCUACGCAGAACUUGGGUACGCAGUACAUUACCAAGGCGCUUGGUGGAAGUGCUUAG